UGUUAGAUUUGUCAUCAUUGCGUUUACCGAUCAGAACCACUGGGUGGCAGCAAAAGAACACAGAAGAUUUUUUUAUUUUUCUUUUGUGUACACAAAAAUGAAGUGAAAGCUAUUUGGAUUUCACGGGUGAUAGGGAGAAAAAUACAGUGAUUAAAACUUGACAUGUAACUACAGCAGAUGAGACCCAACACAUCUCAUCACUAAAUACAUGUUACUUACUGCAGACAGGUAAUCCAAGCCCGGGCAUGAAGCUUAGGAAACCAUGACCUCUGCCUUGGCUUCCUCAUCCUGUCCAGUCCAGGAGCUUUAUGCAAUCAGAGCUUUGUGGCAUGGCAGCUUUGAGAUGGCAGAUCUACAGUGACGGUGCUACCAACACUGCAAGUUAGAUCACCUCUAUCUCAUGUUGGGGUGUUGCCCUUAUAUGAAUGAUCCUAAAUGGCUCCCCUACAUCCAUGAUCCAGUUUUAUGACUUUGGUGCCUGAUAUCUCAAGCUUUCUCAAAACUCUUUUGUAAGCUGGAGGAGAGAAAUGUCAGGUUCCUCAGAAGCAAACCUUGAGAAGCACAUCUUCAGGAAGAUAUGUCUGCAAGCAACUUAAAAAAGUGCCUUCGGAAGAAACCAAGAGGGCAGGGAGCAGGAGCAAUAAGGAGAAGGCAUCACGCAGGGGUACAGUUUCAGGCCAAGUCCCAGAGAGGGUGAUGUCAGCCCGAUCCUGCCGGGAAAUAUACUCUGAGACCUCUCUCCCAAAUGCUGGACUCAUCUAGCCAGUUGCCCAGGAAACAAGCCAGGAUCAUCCAUAAAUGUCCCAAGAUGCAGCAGAGGGCAGAGAAGUGUGGUGGCUCCGGCAAAAGACUGAGGCUCUGAGACCACAUCUGGAUUUCUGUUUAGACACUUAAGAAGUCGUGACAUCCAGAGCAGCAACCUAGCCCACUGCACUCCUGGUGAGCUGCUUCUCAGAGGCGCUGGCACUGCCAUUGAUAAUCCAAGCUUUCAGCAAGAGCACACCACAGCCGUUCUGGAGCUUGGGACUCUAAAAUGGCAGAGCAGCUUUCUCCGGGAAAGACGACAGACCAGGUGUGUACCUUCCUCUUCAAAAAGCCUGGUAGACAAAAAGGGGCUGCAGGCUGCAGAAAGCGCCCCGUCUGCAACCGGGAGUCUGGAGACGGCAACAGCAGCAGCAGCAGCAGUGACGAAGGCAGCACAGUGGUUCGCCCAGAAAACAAGCGGGUGAUCCACAAUCCGAUGAUACAGAAGACCCAUGGUGGUGGUAAACAGAGAGUGGCUGCUCUGUUGAGCAGCAAGGAGGAGGAGACGGAGCCCCAGAGCCUUGGCAUGGUGUACAAGUCCACCCGCUCAGCAAAGCCUGUGGGACCAGAGGAUAUGGGGGCGACUGCAGUCUACGAGCUAGACACAGAGAAGGAGCGUGACGCACAAGCCAUCUUUGAGCGCAGCCAGAAGAUCCAGGAAAAGCUAAGGGGCAAGGAAGAUGACAAGAUCUAUCGGGGGAUCAAUAAUUAUAAGAAAUACAUGAAGCCCAAGGAUACGUCUAUGGGCAAUGCUUCCUCCGGGAUGGUGAGGAAGGGCCCCAUCCGAGCUCCCGAGCAUCUUCGUGCCACUGUGCGCUGGGAUUACCAGCCCGACAUUUGUAAGGACUACAAGGAGACUGGCUUUUGUGGCUUUGGAGACAGCUGCAAGUUCCUCCAUGACCGUUCAGAUUACAAGCAUGGGUGGCAGAUCGAACGUGAGCUUGAUGAGGGUCGCUAUGGUGUCUAUGAGGAUGAAAACUAUGAAGUGGCAAGUGAUGAGGAGGAGAUACCAUUCAAGUGUUUCAUUUGUCGCCAGACCUUCCAGAAUCCAGUUGUCACCAAGUGCAGGCAUUAUUUCUGCGAGAGCUGUGCACUGCAGCAUUUCCGCACCACCCCUCGCUGCUAUGUCUGUGACCAGCAGACCAACGGUGUCUUCAAUCCAGCGAAAGAAUUAAUUGCUAAGUUGGAGAAGCAUCGACCUGCAGAAGAGGGUGGUGCUUCCAACUUCCCAGAAGAUCUAGAUGAGAGUCGAAUCCCCAUUACUUAGUUUUCCCAUUAUUCUCAUACCUCAAAAUAAAUAUUUUGUGCUAAGCAACGGAUUUGAAAAUGAGUACAGUAAGAGGGUAGGAAAAAAAAAGAGGCCGAGGGACAUGCUAACCAUACUCUUGAAUCAGAACCUUUGCAGUUGCUGUUCCCUGUGUUUCUGGGACACUUCACCCUCAGAAUUCUAUAUGACUCACUCCCUCACAUUCUCCUGGUAUCCAUGCAAAUGUCAUCCAUUUAAGUGAGGACCUCACUGACUGCCUUAUUUAAAAUAACAACACCAAUCCUGUCCCUAUCACUGUCUAUCCUCCUUCCUCUGUUUUUUCUCCAUAGAAUUUAUCACUGUCUGGUGUAUAUUUACUUGUUAUUUGCUUGUUUCUCUCUCUCCUCACUAGAACAUAAGCCCUAUAAAGAAUUUUGUUCCCGUUUCACUGCUGUGAUCACAAAAUAUCUCCCACCCCAACCCUGCAAAUACUUGACACACAGUAGGUUCUCCAUAUAUUUUUUAAAUGAACGAAUGAAAGAACAAACCAGAAAAAAGAGAUAAAAGGGAACAGCUAACAAAGUAGGAGGAAAACCUGGAGGUAUCUCAGAGGCUAAAACAAAAAAAAGGUUUGGAAAUGGAAUAUGGUCUAAUAUGUUAAAUGCUGCAGAAGGGUCCAGGAAGAUGAUAAAGCAACAAAUGCAUUACAUUUGGCAUUAUGAGAGUAACUGAUGUUGACAAGAGCAGUUUCAGUAUAGUGGUUAGGACAGGAGUCAGAAUUAUUAAGGGUGAGGCGAUACUAGGAGAUAAGGAAGUGGAAAUAGAGGCAGUAGGUAACGAAUUUGAGAAGCUGCUGUGAAGAAAAGUACGGGUAUAAGGCAGUUCAUAAAGAGGAAUAUGAGAUGAAGCAAGGGUGUAUUAUUUGCUCUGGAUUUUUAGUGGGGUAUUGAUUAUCUCCUGCCACAAUAUUGCUGGUUAACAAACAACCAUAAAACCUUAGUGGCAUUCGAUAAUACGCAAUUUUUAUUUCCCUGGCGUGGUUAGCUAGGUGGCUUUGCUUUACGUCUGGAAUUUGGCUGAUGUAGGCUGGCUUCAGCUGGGAUUACUUAAGUAUGUUCCACGUGUCUCUCAUCCUCCACCAGCCUAGUCCAGGCAUGUUCUCCUCAUGACACUGAGCCACGAUACCUAAGUGGAAAUGGGCAAGUUCUCUUGCCAGUUCAGAACCAGGACACUGUCACUUUGUCUUCAUUCUCCUGACUAAAGCAAGCAAGAGGCCAGCUAGAUUCAAAGGAGAAGUAGUCCAGUUACUAUUGCUGUGAUGCAAACUGCCCUAAAACUUAGCAAUGAAAAAUAACCAUUUUAUUAUCCUUAACAAUGUCUUUGGGUCAGGAACUCAGGGCACAGUAGGGUUGGCUUUCCUCUGCCCCAUGAUGUCUGAAACCUCAGUUGGUGAGAUUCAAAGACUAGGGACUGGAAUCAUCUGGAGGCAUCUUUACUUGUGUUUGAUAGUGAUACUGGUUGUCAGCUAGGACUACAGCUGGAGCUCUUGGCUGGAACACUAGCAUGUGUCUUCUCCAUGUGGGUUAGACUUUCUCACACCAUAACAGAAUUAAUUGCUUCUUUCAUGGCAGCUCAGAACUCUGAAGGCUGAUAACCCAGUGUGUAAAGCAUGAAGCAGGUCUUCUUUUAUUACCUGGUCUCAGAAGUCAAGCAGUGUCCCUUCUGAUGCGUUCUGCUGGCCACAAACCAAUUCUCAAGCCUUCCCCAGAUUUAAGGAGAGGAGGAUUAUACUCUACCACUUAAUGGAGGAGUGGUAAAUUUAGGAAAUGGAUGCAGGCACAUUUAUGAGUGGGAGGGGGAAGAAGAAAGGUGCAGUAGUUUACUUUCUAAUAUUAGUUGUACUUCAUUCGGUGUUGCUUGACCCUAUGUAUUCAUUCUACCUGAGAGCAGCCAACACAGACCAGAAGGUUCUUCACCCUACACGGAAAGAAAAUGUGUUUUUAACCUGAGACUGGAGCUCCCAGGAUAAAGAGUUUAUCCAAAUUGACUCCACCUACUCGAUUUUGAAGUUAAGUCCCUGAAGAUUCUUGGGCAUGGCUGCUGAAAAAGCUGCUUUGCAUUUAAAAGUCUCAACAGAGAGUAUAAAAGCAAGUGUCAGCAGUCAUGUAUUAUAGGAGUUGGUUCUCAGUGUUUGACUCAGUGAUGCCCAGGGCCUUCUCCUGAGACAUUUCUAGGGUGGCUUUGGUGUCCAGAAACUUCAGUACAGCAACGCUUUACAGACCAUGCUGAUUGCAGAUUAAUUUUGCGAAAACCUGUAAGAUAUUUCAGGUCUUUGAGUUAUUUGAGUAUUCAAUUUAAUUUUAUCCACAGAUGUUUAUAUAGGAUUUCUCUUAUUAUUUCAUUUGAUAUAUUUAAUUGUAAUGUGCCAUCAUUUCAAAUCACAUUUUGGAUAUGUUAAACCUAAACAUGUGGGAAAUAAAUGAAACUUUUAAAAGUAGA